ACCACUCUUCCUACUUUAAGAAUUGACGGGCUAGUACAGAGCAUAACCAAAAGCAACACAAGAUUGACGCUUAACAACGACACCGUCAUUGUAGAUAUUGCUAAGGUCAGGAACAACGCCACUGGUGCCGUGAUGAUGAUUGCAAUCCAGUAUGACACCGGUUGUCCUGGUCAGUGUAAUGGUAAAGGGAGGUGUGUGAACAGCACUUGUCAAUGUAACGACGGCUGGACUGGAACUGACUGCUCUAUAGGUUCCUGUGGUGCCUGCGUCAAUGGUGUGUGUGACAGCGGUUUCUGUGUGUGUACUGUGGGCUGGGAAGGGACAGCCUGUGACCAGAAAGCCACGUGUCUGUAUGUGAAUAACUGCACUGACGAGGACCACGGUGUGUGUUACAAGACCAACAGGUGUCGCUGUCUACCAGGAUUUGUGGGUAGUGACUGUAGCAUCGUUGCAACUUGUUUCAACGUGUCUGACUGCUCCGGGCACGGGGUCUGCGUGGACUUUGACGUAUGCAAAUGUGACAGCGGAUGGGCGGGGCCAAAUUGCACAGAGUUUUCUUGUGAACGUCUGGCAGCGUGCUCAGGCCACGGUCAGUGUAAAGGAUACGACGUAUGCAGUUGUGACAAUGGUUGGCAAGGUGACAGCUGCGCUCUGCCAGACUGUUCUUCAAAUAAUGACUGCUCCCUACACGGGGUGUGUACGUCACCUCACACGUGCACGUGUUAUGACGGUUACCAUGGUGAAAACUGCACCGCAAUGAAGAAUUGCACAUCGUUAAAUGGCUGUAAUAACCACGGUGUAUGCGCUGCCUUUGAAGGGAAUAAUACGGCUGUUAUGUGCAGGUGUUUUGAAGGCUACCGUGGCGACACGUGUGACACCGUCUGAUGUUCUGCCGUAAACAACUGUUCAGGACACGGUGCGUGUUUGGAGCCCAACCUCUGUAACUGUGACCCAGGCUUCGGGGGAAAUGACUGCUCUAAUUUCUCAUGUGAAGCUCUUGGAUACUGCUCUGGCAAUGGACUUUGUGUAUCUUUGGACACGUGCUUGUGUUCUCCCGGCUGGCUGGGUGAACGCUGUGACGAGCCCGUCUGCAGUGAUGU